AUGCUGCAGGAUUGGGUGCAUCGGAAAGAGCCUAGGGCAAGGCUGGAGGCCACGAGAGACGCUGCCAGGCCACACAAGCAGGGGACAAAGCUGAUGUUCACACUUUUGCCAGUGGACCACCUUGGUGAAGGGAAAUGUCCAGUCAGUUCACAGCCCCUGCAGAGCCUAAGACAUAACAAGCAGCAUGCCCUGACACUCACCAAGGCCAGAGGCCGUGGUGAGUGUUCUACCUGUUUCUGUACAGAAGAGAAAUCAGAAUGCCAGAGAAGUGAAGAAACUUCUCCAGGAUCAUAUCAUCACCAAAUAAUGCCUGCUUUGACCAUCUCUACAUUUUGUGCUAAACCAAGGUUUAGGCAGCCGUUCAAAGGAACAGUAGAAGAGAUGUCACAGAUGUAA